GCGGAGUUUGCUUUCUUGCUUGCUUCUUGCUUCUUGCUUUCUUGCUUCAUCGUUUUGGUGGCUGCGUUUGCUCCCAACAUCAGUCAGCCAAAUCAACCCAGCCUCACCCCUCACCCACAGCAGCCAUCUGCCCUUCUUGCCGCCCUCAUUCUCCUGCUGCUGCCUGACUUCCCAACCAACCAACCAACCAGCCAAGCCCGUCAGCGAAGACUUCCUCUGCCCUUACCUGCCUGCGACUAGCUGAUCAUCAACGAUGAUGUCUCGUGCCUUGUUCUUGGCUGCGCUGCUCUGCGGCGUGGCUUCUGUCGCCCUUGCAAACACCGCCCCAGCAGGGAUCAACACUGGUGCAGAGAUUGAUGCCCAGACUUUCAUCGACAGCCUCGGCCUGACUGUGGACACAUGCGCAACCCUGACAGCUGCAUCUGAGGGCUACUACUUUGAGAAGGGGUUUGAGACUGGCCUGUCCCGUUCUCGCUGCGACAUUGGCGGCACAUGCAUGUGCAAGAAGUUUGACCUCUGCGACAACGGCGACUGCUUCAAGGUCUAUCCUUGCAACACCACCAGCGGCGAACCUGACAGCAACUGUCUCGCCGUCACCAACUGCACGCAGACUGUCUUCGAGACAAUCAUGGAGGUUGAGGUUGACUGCAACCGCCAGAACUUGACGGACAAGGACGAGGCAGAGGUCGAUUUCUUUGGUUUCCGCUGGAAGCAAGCGCUCGAGGAGGACUGUGGUAUUGGCCGGGUUUGCCGCUACAACGGCGAUACCUCCGAAACCCUCGACAUUGUUGCAUACAACCGCUUCCGCACCAACACGUUGAACCCGGCUCAUGUUGACACGAUUGAUGUGUGCGCACAGACAGCCAACUUCCGGUUCAACUUCUGCACCGUCAUUUCCGCGAGCGUGUAUGAACCCACAACGACGACCACAACGACUACGACCACAACGACUACCACCACCACGACAACCACUACCACGACAACCACUACCACAACUACUACCACGACCACAACGACCACCACCACUACUACGACCACGACUACCACGACUACCACCACCACAACUACCACUACACUUCCUGACUGCGAUUAUGACUGCAACGAGGAGACCUUCGCUUGCGUUGGCGACGACGUGUUCAGCCCAUCUGUGGACGAUUUCUCCAGCUGCGUUGCCGAUCAGGGGCGCCACAACUUCACUGCCCUGAUUGACUUUGGCAUCUGCCUCGCCGACUGCGACGACCUCACGCCCAACGCAAACUCCACCCGCGCCGAAGCCCGCUCCUACUUCUUCUGCAUCACGAACUGUGCUUUCUCCACGACCAGCAACGACUGCGACGUCGUGUACACGUCCACAACCAUGGCACCGACGACCACAACCACGUUUACGACGCCGACGACCACAACGACGACCACGACCUCAACCUCCUCCAGCAACAUCAUUGCCUAACCAGCGGCUACGCCUGCCUGUUGUCCAAUUUCUCGCUUUGUCACUUCCAUGUGGAUCUGUGGAUGGGCACAACUUGUCGCUGAGUGUAGCACACGGCCCGUUCACCAGACAACAAUGCCUCGACCACCUUCCGACCUUGUCAUCCUUUGCUUUGGGUUUUCUGUGUGCUUUGUUUUGUUUCCUACCGAAACCUCGCCCCCCCCCCCCACCUCC